AUGGAGACGAAGUUGCGGAAUCAGAGAACAUUUCAAGAACAAGACCUACGCGCCCGGUCCCGUAAGCAGAAGCGUCCACAACAGCCCAUCCUGCCCGAAAAGUACAUCCAGAAGACUUCCCCCUUUGAGAACAUGCGUGCUAUACAAGUGCCGUUCGACAGAGCCAACGCCAAGCGCCUCGUGGAUAUGAGUCAGGAAACAUUCAUCAAGGCCAAACCCAAGGACACAGUGGUCAAGUCAGGCUUAGCUGUGCCCACUACAAAGUACAAGAGUGAUGCGCCAAAGAUUCCUCCUUUCAAAGAGUAUGUCAGUCUGAGGAACAAUGUUCUUAAAGACAAUGAGUCAAAAUUACUCGCAACACCCUAUUUCCAGGACGAAGACUAUCGUGGUCGCGAGGUUCUGCUGGAUACGCUUCCUUAUAUGUACGAGAUGACGCAUGACGAGAAGGGGCCGCUAGACUUCCGCAAGGAACAGUGCCGGUUCUACGAUAAAGCCAUCGAAGCAUUUCUGUCUGAGAUAGGCAUCACGUGGAACGAUGUGCUGUUUUGGUUACUGGCCCCGGAUCAAGAUAUUAUACGAAUCAACGACUCUUUGAAUGGAAGCAAGCAGUUUGAAGCACAGCUCCUCGAAAGAUCACAAUAUCACAUUGAGGAGUUUGAGAGAGACGGUGAGCCGAAGAAGGCUAUUCUGUUUGACCGGAACAACAAAAAGUGGGAAGAAUUUGUCGCACAGCUUGAAAAGCCGAUUCCGAGUGCUCUGAGACUUGCGGCAACAGCUUCUGCAGCGGUAUUCAGAGAAUGUGAAUUCAGCAUCUGGUACUUGGCUCAAGAGUCCAAAGCUGUACAGAGUCUUAUACGGAAGAAGUCUGCACAUGAGCAGUCUUCCAAGCACUCAACGUACAAAAAGAUCAUGUGCAGAGUAUGCCAUCAACACGAUUGCCUUCUUCAUGGCGAGAUCAGACAAGUACCUGAGGAUUCGUGGAAGACGGACUCGGAAGACGAAGAACGCGCUACACAGGCGACUGAUGAUACCAGUCGUCGAGGCUCCAACAACAAAACUCCGCGCCGUGUGUCGAACUUUAGCAGAGACGACACCGACGAUGAGAACGAACCCGGCGAUCCCUUGCCCGCACAUUUCGACUCCGACUCCGACAUUGAGAAGGUCAUAAACUAUAAGCUCCCUGCAAACCCAAGCGCUUUCGAGUCUUGCUCAGAGACGGAGAUGAUUACUCCCAAAGGUGCGAAACCGCCACCUGUGGUUCAACGCACCUGCUGUAAUGUUGCGAUACAGAGGGGUGUUCCUCGGAAAACAUUGCUCGGUCAUUCGGAAGUGCAUGGCUUUGGACUCUAUAUGGGCGAGGACAUCAAGAGUGGCGAGUAUAUUGGUGAAUACACUGGCGAGGCCAUCUCGGUCAAAGAAGGCGAUCGCCGAGUGACGAUAUACGACUACCAGAAGACGAUGUACCUGUUUCGUCUAAACUCGAAGCAGGAAGUUGAUGCGACAUACAUGGGCAAUAAACUACGCUUCAUCAACAAUGCCGACGACAAGUACACGAACUGCGGCCCCAAGAACUUGCUGUGCAACACGGUCUUUCGCAUCGCGCUCUUCGCUACCAGAGACAUCAAGGCAGGCACCGAACUGUUCUUCAACUACAACUAUCCCAAGGAGAAAACAGAGCAAUUCAAACAGCCUAAUGCCAAGAUCGUCGCGGUCAAACAGACCAAGCAAAAGACGAAGAAAAGGGAGUCACUCACCAGUCUGAGCCAGCCCAUCGAGGACCGCUCACGCAUCCUUGCCGCCACAGCAAAAGCCAGAGAGGCAAAAGCAGCGAAGCGGAGAGAGGCCAUGCUGCAAGAGGGCGGCGUGGAGCCAGCCACAAGAAGGCGCUCUGGAACACUUCAAGCACGAAAGGCAGCUACGAGCAAACCCGGACGCAAAGCAGUGCGAAAGUCCAAGCGCGGAGGGCUCAAUAGGAACGAGUCCACAGGUUCAGAUACGGGUAUGGAUGUAGAGGCAAGCGACCCCGAAAUCCCCGAAAUCCCCCCUGUCAUUGAGUCGCAGAGCACGCAGACUAGUCUGUACGUCCAGGACACGGAGGCGGAGGACGACGAGUUCAUCUUGCCGGAUACCCAAGAAGACGAAGAGCAAGAUGUGGCUGAGCCGGCCUCUGAGGAUGAUGAACCGCCCGGUCGAUCUACGAGGUCUCGUCGUGGGCCGGGUCGACCGCGUAGGAGGGGGUCGGAUGUGGCGCCGGUGGUUGCGGUUAAGCAGGCGGUCAAGCAGAAGAAGUCGAAGAUGGGUGGUGCACGACCAGGUGCUGGCAGGAAGAGAAAACGACCCGUUAUUGCUAACAGCGAUGAUGAGUGA